AUGUGUAAUCCCAAACCAUCCUCGUCACCCCCAUUUCUGUGUCCCACUAAAACCCACAUCAUAACUCCCGACCCCAAACUCAUACAUCACCCUUCCGUUGAUGAUCAUCUUCAACAUGAACUUCACAGAUGGCCAACUCCCAACGAGGUGAUAGAAGAAAUGAAGGCCUUGGCGAAGAUAUCAGGGCCAACAGCACUGACGGGGUUACUCUUAUAUUCAAGAACCAUGAUCUCCAUGCUCUUUCUCGGCUACCUCGGCGAGACGGAGCUCGCCGGAGGAUCUCUCUCCAUCGGCUUCGCCAACAUCACCGGCUACUCCGUCAUCUCAGGUCUUGCCAUGGGAAUGGAACCCAUUUGCGGCCAAGCCUACGGCGCUAAACAAUGGAAAACACUCGGCUUAACCCUCCAGAGAACCGUUCUCCUCCUCCUCUCCACCUCCAUCCCCAUCUCCCUCACCUGGCUCAACAUGAAGUCCAUCCUCUUAUGGUGCGGCCAAGACCACCAGAUAUCCUCCACUGCACAAACCUUCAUCCUCUUCUCCAUCCCAGACCUUUUCCUCCUCUCCCUCCUCCACCCUCUCCGCAUCUACCUUCGAACACAAAGCAUCACAUUACCCCUGACCUACUGCUCCGCUGUCUCCGUCCUCCUCCAUGUCCCCCUCAACUUCCUCCUUGUGGUUCACUUCAAAAUGGGGGUCUCCGGCGUCGCUAUAGCCAUGGUCUGGACCAACCUCAACCUCUUCCUCUUCCUCUCCUCCUUCGUCUACUUCUCCGGAGUCUACAAAGACUCGUGGGUCACCCCCAUCUCCGACUGCCUCCGCGGCUGGUCCUCCCUACUUGCACUUGCGGUUCCCACAUGCGUCUCUGUCUGCCUCGAAUGGUGGUGGUACGAACUCAUGAUCAUUCUCUGCGGGCUUCUCCUCAACCCCAAAGCCACCAUUGCUUCCAUGGGAAUCCUCAUCCAAACCACAUCCCUCGUCUACGUCUUCCCCUCCUCCCUCAGCCUUGGCGUCUCCACCCGCGUCGGCAACGAGCUCGGCGCCAACCGCCCCGCCAGGGCCCGCAUUUCCAUGAUAGUCUCGCUCGCCUGUGCCGUCGCGCUCGGCGUCGCCGCCAUGGCUUUCACCACCCUCAUGCGACACCGAUGGGGCAGAUUCUUCACUGCUGACGGAGAAAUUCUUAACCUCACCGCCUCCGCGCUCCCCAUCGUCGGCCUCUGCGAGCUCGGCAACUGCCCUCAGACCACGGGCUGCGGUGUCCUCCGUGGCAGUGCCAGGCCCACCGUCGGAGCCAACAUCAACUUGGGCUCGUUUUACUUAGUGGGCAUGCCCGUCGCUGUUGUUCUCGGGUUCGUUGCUAAAAUGGGCUUUCCUGGGCUCUGGCUUGGGUUGCUUGCGGCCCAAGCCUCUUGCGCUUCUCUCAUGAUCUUCGUUCUCUGCACCACCGACUGGAACGCGCAAGUGCAAAGGGCCAAUGAACUUACUUCUGCUAAUUCUGCUCCUCCCAAAUUACCCACUUCCUUCACUCCAUCAACAACACACUCUAACCAUCUUUCUCUUCCUGAGAUUCUUCUCACCCAUCAUCACCUUCCCAACACUCCCUCUCUUGAAACAGACCCUCUCAUUAUACACUCCAUACCUUAA